AUGACUUCAACAGAUAAUGCAUACAACUUGCAAAUUCUUCCUGCAUCUGGUGGGCUUCCUCCAGAACCCAAUGAUUUGAUUUAUGUAGGAUCAAGCAAUAGUUUUCAACACCAUGUUCAAGCAGGCAAUAAGUUUAAGAGAAAGCUUGAUCAAACCUCACUGGACAAUGAUCUCUCAGGCAGAUCUUUUCAUGAAAAUGGUCAAUCAAGUAACUCAGUAAGGACAAGUGGAGAGAUCUCUCCUCAUGGAGAUUUUGGAAAAUUUGCAGAAGUAUCUCCAUGGAAUGCGGAAACCCUGGAAGUAAAUUUGGGAUUGAUUGAACCACAUUGCCCUCCAUCUGAUCUCCAAGGUGAUCCUAGAGUUGUGGGUUCAAUUCCAAAUUAUACUUCUGUUCUGGAUGAGGAAGCACUCCAGGCAGAGUUAGAAUUCUUCAGGGAUGAUUGGAGCUUAGGGGGGUCUCUGUAUGAGGGGAAUGUCAAGGAUUUUGGUGUUUUGGGGGAUUCUUACAAUUGUAACCACAGACCGCAUUGGAUCAACCCAGAUCCAGAUCCAAAGGAAUACCCCCAGUACAAGCUGCACAACCACAUAUAUCCUGGUUUCAGUCAAACUUAUGCAUCAGAACAACAUAAACUUCCACUGCAUCAGAAAUCAAUUGUUGAAAACAGACUGGUUCCACCAGAACCCUCACUUCUUCUUGGCUACAAACAGGAAUCUACUCCAUUGCAGAUCCAUCCUCAUAGGUCGGAGAAGAGUCUCAGACAAAGUGAUCAUUAUAUUGUAAAUAAAUCAGAAGGAAUUGAGCUGAAUGGUAUUCAUGACAUUCAAUUGGAGGGGCAACAAGACAAAUCCAGAAGCAAAUUGAUCUAUAGUAGUUCUGGAGAGAUUCAGAGCAGCUGUCUCUCCAACCAGAACUCUGAUCUUACAGAGAGUUUUAAUCAACUCUUGCCUUUGGAACACUGUGCCUUAGGAGUAAAUCAAAAUCAAUAUCCACCACCCAAUUCUUUGUCUCACAAGUCAAUUGAGGAGAGCCAAGAUAACUUCAUCAGAAUGCCACAUCACAUUUCUAGUCUUACCUAUUCAUCUAAAUCAGCCAGCUCAAGAACUCCAACCCCAUCAUCCAUCUGGAAUAUGGCUAUGCCAUCUGACAGCUCAGACAAUGAAGCCUCAUCCUGUAGCUCUAACAAUCUUCUCCAAAAUAAUCAUUUGUACCAAAAAAAGUUACAAUCAGAGAUUUUGAACAAGGACAAGCUGCCCUCAAGUAACACCAAUCAAUUUGAUUGCAGGGAAAAAAUUGAGAUAAGGUUUCCUUCUCACAUCCCAAUCAGCUCCUCUACCAUGCAAGAUGAACAAACAUAUCCCAAAGAUCAAACACCGGUCUUCCAAAUGGCACCAGAACAUGGUGAAUUUGAGGAUAGAUCAAGCAUCAGUAAAAGUAGCAUAUUUAGACUCGGAAAUCAUGAUCAACACAAAUCUUUUAUUCCACCACAGCCCUAUUCACCUGAACAUACUCAGAUUGAUGAGAGAGGUGUAAAAUCUGAACCAAAUAUGCACCUGCAUGAAUAUCACAAGGCAAUUGAGAUUCAGGAUCCACCUAGAAAUUUCCCCUUUUGUCAUGACAAGAGGUUGUCCCUAAAUAAAAACGAGGAAGGAUCAACUUGGUGGCUUAAAGCUGAAAAAGAUUUGGAAAUUCAAAAGUUAAUGAAUGGGAAUAUGAAGUCUUCACUCAAUCUAUUUGGUCCAGAAGGUUCAUUCACCUCCAAGAAAGUUUUACAUUUAUAUCUUGAUCUUUGGAGAGCUGUGGGUUUGACAGCUGAAGAUCUGAAGAUUCCAGAACAUACAUGCAGGGCCCUUCAAACACAAUCAUUUGAGUAUCUCACUGCUUUACUUCAUUUGAGAGGCUUUCAUAGAGCAAGUAAUCCCAAAACAUACCAAGAGAUUAAUGGGAAAGAAAGUGUUAAUCAAUAUGUAAAGCUGUAUAAAACUAUAACACUAACCACUGGAUACAUGUUUAACAGGAACAAUAUAGUAUUUGACAUCAUGUUUGCUUUCUUCAAGCACAGAGCUGAAGAUUUGUAUGAAAGAAUGAUUUUUCAAAGAGCUAGAAUUCAGGCCUUGGUUUUCAAGAAAAUGUCUGAAGAAAAGAGGCGCCCAGUUUUUUAA